AUGGGUUCGGUGUUUCUAGACGACAAUAUUGGGCUGAAGACAAUCAAUGGAAAUUCAAUCAAUGACCACUACUAUGGGUAUGAUAGUUACAAUUCUUCAAUGAUAUGGCAACUCGGUCAACAGUCGCAAGGCAUCAUCGGGCUAACUAUUACGAGCUUCGGCAUACCGAUCAACGUCGCUUUCAUGAUCGUUGUUGGACGCGUCAAGUCAAUGCGAACGGUUACCAACGCUUAUCUUGUGAACUUGGCCGUCGCUGAUCUCCUCCACCUGAUAACCCACUGGUCUGCCUGGCUGUGUUCCCUUUUAGACGACAGUGCGUGCCCUCUAAAAUUGGACAAAACCGGGAUGUGUAUGAUGAUGAUUAUAUCGAAAGUUAUGCAAUACGUCUCUAUGUUAACCGUUACAGUAUUGAGCUUAGAUCGUUAUUUAGCAGUAUGCAGACCCGUUACUUACAAGCAAGGUUUCCUACAUAAACCACGCGUGGUACUGCAUAUAAUCACGAUCAUUUGGAUUUUGAGUAUGCUGUUGACUCUUGAAAUAGCCUUACCAUGUCUCGGCUAUGAGAGGGUAUUCUUCUUAUACAUACUGGCUGGGCCUAUGAUCUUUCUGGUUGUACUAUUUGCGUCUAUGAUCACAGUCUUUGUGAUGUAUUCCUUAAUCGUUCGAGCGGUGCGGAAUGCAGCCAAGCGUACGGACAAUUCGUCACACGCCUUGAAGAGUCGAGAGAAGCAAAUCGUGAGGCUGUGCAUGGCGAUGACUGCAGUGUAUUUCCUCUGCGCUGUGCCUUUCUUACUGCAAAUACUCGAGGUGGUAGUGAAUCCAUGGCAACAAAGUGGCAUUUGGUUAUCGGACGAAUCAGUUGUGGUCCUUUCAAACGUUGCUACAUACUCUUUGGAAUUUAACUCCUGCAUCAAUCCAAUUAUCUACAACGCGCUGAGUGCCAAGUACAGGCAAGCAUUUGCAACAACAUUUUGUUCUUGUCAACAUUGA